AUGAUCCUUUGCAACUCGAUGACGGGCGAUUCGCUGCCCGUUCGACGCUUGCGACCAGCCGAACUCGUCAAGAGCUAUGAUCAUAUCGGCAUCGCGGCGCCAAUGGUUCGAUACUCCAAGCUGCCCUUUCGGAUGCUCGCUCAGGAAUACGGAGCCCACAUCACUCAUACGCCCAUGAUAUUGGCUCAAGAAUUUGGACUCUCUGCUACGGCAAGAGAUAGCGAUUUCACGGUACGCCCAGACGAACGAGGAUUAUUUCGAGCAAAGGGCAGGAGGAUAUCCUGUCUGUCCGAGACUGCACGCACACGGCUGGAGAUGAUGGGCGAGGCAGUACCAGGGGACGCAAUGGUAGCCGACGCGGAUCAUCUGGUGCAAGGCUGCAUGGUCAUCCAGUUCGCCGCGAGUGAACCGGUCGCGUUGGCAGAUGCUGCAGAACUUGUCGCCGGUCAUGUCGAUGCCAUCGAUAUCAACUGCGGUUGUCCUCAGUCUUGGGCCUACAAGGAAUGUAUUGGCUCAUACCUCUUGCGCCAGCCAGACAAAGUCAGAAAUCUCAUUCGAGGUGUCAAGCUCCGCCUGGGCGAAGACUUCCCUGUGCAUAUCAAGAUUCGCAUCGACACAGAUCCACAAUUGACAGCGCAGCUCAUGACGACUGCUGUCGAAGCAGGCGCAGAGCUCAUCACCGUUCACGGACGGACCCGCAAUCAGCCCUCAGACUCGGUCCCUGUCAAUCUGAGCGGCAUCCAACAUGCUGUUCAAGUUGGGAGAAAGCUCGGCGUGCCCGUCGUUGCCAAUGGUGACAUCUUCUGUCUUGACGACGCGCGACGAACGCUCGAGCAGACCGGCGCAGAUGCUGUCAUGGCUGCUCGGGGACUCAUGUCCAAUCCUUGUCUGUUCGCAGGCUACAAGUCUACGCCAGGGCACGGCAUCAAUCGCUUCGUCGAGCUGGCCGUCACGACAGGCUUCAAUACUGGUUUGUUCCAUCGCACGGUAGCGCAUAUGACCGUCGAUGGCCUGCCGAAGAGCGAUGCACUUCGCAUGAAUGCCCAUCCGUCGAUCGCCUCGCUGAUCGAGCACGUCGCCAAGCUUUAUCCUGUUGCCUAG